GGUCUACAGAGAUGUGCCAAGGUUGCAUAAUACUAGCCUUAAAAAAAUAAAAAAUAAAAAAAUAAGUGUCAGCUCUUACAAUUAUUGGAGAUUAUAGCGAACAUGGGGCAGGAGUGGUAUGAAGAGACAAUAGGCUUUUUAUUUGGGUGGCGAUGAAUGGAUGAAGUGAUAAAAAGAGGCAUUAAAUGCGCUCAGAUCUGCAGGAAAAGCGAGGCAGUUACAAUAUCUGGUUUUAAAAUAUAUUUACCUUUUUUUAAAUAUGAUUUCAGUUCGAAGUCAUUUUUGCAUAUGUAUAAUGAGGCAAUUUUUAAUUUUCCCCUCCCUUAUAUUAACUUAAUCAAACGAAAAUGACAAGAUUGUUUUGUCUAUUGGCGUCAUAAUGAUUAAUAUCACUUCUAUGUUUUGGUUGCUUUUGUUAUAGUGGUGUAAUGUUGUGAAAUAGCAGUCUUAGCCAGUUAUCUUUUUCCAACUCUGACUUUGUAUUAAAAGCGUUUCUGAUAGCUCCUCGGAUGCUCCCACCCCUCGCCUCACGUAAUUCAUCUUCUUGGCCAAUCCUGUCCCUCCCCAAAAAGUUUACGCCAUGCAGCCUAUAAGAACUGCCAAAGUUUCUCAAGUAUCAGAAAAGACUUGUCCUCCCAGGAACUCAUCUAUGGAUACUUUGGUGUCUUCAAAGCCACACACGCCUACAAGUGGACUAAUUCUUUGACUUCAUGAGAGGGAAAUAAUUUUUUUGGGACCCUAUCUGGCCGCCAUCUACCCAAGUGGAGAUGUCUGAGGAAAAUCUGGGGGAAGAGUCGAGCAGCUCCCCUGUCUCUCCUGUGGACAGCCUGAGCAACAGCGAGGGGGAGCUGGACAGACAACCGAAGAGAUGUGGGAGGAAGAGGAGACCAGGCAGGAAAAACGGGGAGGACUCAGAUAGCCCGACCCCUGGGAAAAGAGGGAAGAAGUCCAGCAGCAGCAGCCCACAGUCUUUCGAGGAGCUCCAAUCGCAGCGGGUCAUGGCCAACGUCCGGGAGCGACAGAGGACCCAAUCUCUCAACGAGGCGUUCGCGGCUUUGCGGAAAAUUAUCCCCACUUUGCCCUCGGACAAACUCAGCAAAAUACAGACCCUAAAACUUGCAGCCAGAUACAUCGACUUCCUCUACCAGGUGCUGCAGAGCGAUGAGCUGGACUCCAAAAUGUCAAGUUGUAGUUAUGUGGCUCACGAGAGGCUGAGCUACGCCUUCUCUGUAUGGAGGAUGGAGGGCGCUUGGUCCAUGUCAACAUCUCACUAGCAUCUGGAGAAAUUAUGCCCAAAAUGGUGACUGCUGAAUCUACUUAUCACACUCUGACGGGACAAAUCUGGAGUCCAGUGCUGGAUACAUGGGAUCACUCUAUUUAAGCCAAAGACGACAUAAGGUCUGGGGGAUGAUUCCUGCAGAGGCCCAACAGGGACUUGCAGCCGUGUGUUAGCUCCAUACACCCCAUUCUGAUGUGUUUUCAUGUUGUUGACGACGAAUGUUGAAAAUAUCAUGUUUUUUUUUUUGUUUUUUUUUUAAAGCAAAGAUUUUUUUUUUUUUUUUUUUUUUAAUUCAUGCCUUUGGACUUAUUUCUGCAGGUCAAAGUGCAUUGUUGAAGCAGUUGUCUCAGUAUUUUGGUGUGAGACUGUCAACUGGUGGUGUAGCUCACAUUACAGACUGACUGUGUGGACCUAACCUGUGCAAAGAAAAAAAAAAAAAAAUUCAGAAUACAUUUAUUUAUUUAUUGGUGAAACGUGUUGCAUUGAGGAAUGGAUCCUGUGUCUGAAAUUCAAAUACAUUCCUAUUUUUUAUUAUCGUUUUUGUAAAUGUUUGUAUAUUUUUUGCAUUAAACAAAAUGACG